GAUAGGCCAGAAAAUAGAGCUUGAGAAACCCUCAGUCUCGCGUUUCUUCUCCUCGUCCUCGUCCUCGUCGACUCCUCCUGCAACUCUGCUCCAUCGUCUUCAAAACUCGAGACGCUUCCAAGCCUUCUAGCCACCAUCUCGCUUGGCCUCUUCCAGGAUCGAAGACGGCGAGCAUGGCGUCUUCCCUCGUGAGGCGGCGCCCGGGGGUCUCCUCUCUCGUCUCCUUGAGGCCGCUGCUGUCUCGGAACGGUUCCGCCGCCACCGCCGCCCAUUUGUUGGCCGCCGGCCGCCGCCAAACCCUAAGCCUGUCGAGAGCCCUGAGCGCGCACGCGGUGUGGAAUGAGUAUCCUCCUCCUCCUCCUCCUGCUCCGCAGCAAUCGCCUCCGCCGCCGUCUGAUUUCAGGGGUUUCGACCGGAACCCAGAUGAAGGGGUGCAGCAAAAUCAGUACUUUCGCCCUCAGAACAGAGACACCAACGCUGGUCAAUGGAGCUCGCCGUCACCGCCGCCGCCGCCGCAAGGGAACCCUGGGUUUGGUUACCAGAACCAGGGCCAGAGCCAGAGUUAUCCCAAUGCAGGAUACCCUAGUCAGGGUCAGAGUUAUCCGGGCCGCGGAUACUCUGAUCCUGCUCCCGUUUAUUCGCAGCAGCAGAGCCCUGAACAGUGGAAUAAGCAAGUUCCGGGGCAGGGUUAUCCUCGGCAGCAGAAUCCUGGUCAGUGGAAUACCCAGAACCAGAGCUAUGGUCAGUAUCAGAGCCCAGCUGGGGUGAACAACCCGAACCAGAACUAUCAGCAACAGCCUAGAAGCCCUAAUCAAUGGAACAACCAAAAUCAAGGGUAUCCGCAACCAGAUAAUCGCAACCAGUGGGUCCCACAGAACCCGAGUGCUAAUCAGUGGAACCAUCAGCAAGCAGCUGUAGUGCAUGCGACGGAGAAUCGGGUGGUGGAAGCUCCUGCUCCGGGGCCUUCGAUUGCUGAUCUGAGACAGUUGUGCCAGGGAGGGAAAGUUAAAGAAGCUAUAGAGUUGAUGAAUGAGGGGGUUAAAGCCGAUGCCGACUGCUUCAGUUGGUUGUUCGAUUCAUGUGGGAAGUCUAAGUCUCUUGAGAAUGCGAAGAAGGUGCAUGAUUACUUUUUGCAGUCGACAUGUAGAGGUGAUCUUCAGAUGAAGAAUAAGGUGCUUGAAAUGUAUGGGAAGUGUGACAGUAUGAUCGAUGCUCGGAGAGUUUUCGAUCACAUGCUUGAUAAGAAUAUUGACUCGUGGCAUUUGAUGAUAAAUGGGUAUGCGUACAAUGGGUUAGGGGAUGAUGGGUUGGAGUUAUACGAGCACAUCAGGAACUUGGGUUUGAAGCCAAAUGAACAGACUUUCCUUGCAGUUCUGUCAGCAUGUGCCAGUAUAGGAGCCAUAGAAGAAGGUUUUAUACAUUUUGAGUCGAUGCAGAAUGAUUAUGGGAUUAAGCCUGGGGUUGAGCAUUAUUUAGGGGUUAUUGAUGUUCUCUGUCAACCUGGGCAUCUUGCAGAAGCCGUGGAGUAUAUUGAAAAGCUACCAUUUGAGCCCACAUUGGAGGUUUGGGAGGCACUGAAGAGUUAUGCACGGAUCCAUGGUGAUCUUGAUCUUGAAGACCAUGUUGAGGAGUUGAUGAUGGCUAUUGAUCCUUCAAUCGCUACUGCUAAUAAAAUUCCUACACCAUCACCCAAGAGGCGCUCUGUGAUCAACAUGCUCGAGGGGAAAAACAGAAUCAGCGAGUUCAAAAAUCCCACUCUUUACAAGGACGACGAGAAAUAUAAGAGUGGGAAGGAAGGGGGUUAUGUACCGGACACUAGAUAUGUGCUUCAUGACAUUGAUCAAGAGGCGAAGGAGCAAGCCUUGCUCUAUCACAGCGAGCGACUCGCAAUAGCUUACGGACUUAUCAGCACUCCUGCAAGGACGCCUCUCAGAAUCAUUAAGAACCUCCGGAUCUGUGGUGACUGUCAUAACGCGAUAAAGAUCAUGUCCAAGAUUGUGGGUAGGGAACUGAUUGUUAGAGACAACAAGAGAUUCCAUCACUUUAAGGAUGGCAAAUGCUCUUGUGGAGAUUAUUGGUGAUCCCUACUUGUUUAUUUAAUACUCGUUCCUUUUGUACCUAAUGAGAAUUGUCUCGCUCUAGGCAUUGGGCAAAAGAUACUGAGAAGUUUGGCUUUUAGUGAUGGGAAUGAAGUGACGCCGCCAAUUGUAGGGGUGAACGUUCCUUUUAAGUCAUAAUGUAUUCUCAUCAGUCACCACAGUUUUGAUUGUCCUCUUUUCCUGUUGCCAGUUUUCAUGUUUUACCUUAAUCUAGUUCUUCAGUUCCUAGUUUGCACUGGUAUGCAUAGUUAGCCUCUUUUGGCGCUUUUUAAGAUAAAGAACUGGUUGCCGAUACAUAUAAAGGCAGAUGUUGCCGGGGACUUUGCUUC